CUAGGUAAAGGGAAAAACACAAGUUGGGUUGGGUUCAAAGUGCUAACACUGGUUUGGUUUUUUUCUCCGUAACCUUGUUGCAGCUUCCAAUACAAUACAACCGAGAAAGAUAACAAUGGCGACAAAAGCUUUAUCCUUCACCCUAUCUCUCAACGAUCUCUUCUCCUCCAAGUCGCCGCACACCGCCUCAAACCUUCCCGUUUUCUCUGUCAGAUGUUCCGCCGGUAAUGGAGAGAGGCCAUGGAAAAACUCAGAUGCUAGGCUUGUGCUUGAAGAUGGUUCUAUUUGGAAAGCGAAAUCGUUUGGUGCUUCGGGGACACAAGUUGGUGAAGUUGUUUUCAAUACAUCAUUGACAGGGUAUCAAGAGAUUUUAACUGAUCCUAGUUAUGCUGGACAGUUUGUUUUGAUGACAAAUCCGCAAAUUGGGAAUACCGGCGUAAAUUUCGAUGAUGAGGAAUCAGUGCAGUGCUUUCUUUCUGGUCUAGUAAUUAGAAGUUUGAGUAUCAGUACCUCGAACUGGAGAUGUGUGAAAGAUCUUGGUGAUUACUUGACUGAAAGGAAUGUCAUGGGAAUUUAUGAUGUUGAUACACGGGCAAUCACGCGCAGAUUAAGGGAAGAUGGAAGUCUUAUCGGUGUUUUGAGCACCGACAAUUCCAAAACAGAUGAGGAGUUACUUCACAUGUCUAAAUCAUGGGACAUUGUUGGUGUCGAUCUAAUAAGUGGAGUAUCAUGCAAGUCUCCUUAUGAAUGGAUUGAUAGCACAAAGAAAGAAUGGGAAUUUAGCGCCGGUGAAGGAACUAGAGACGCUUUCCAUGUAGUUGCUUACGAUUUUGGAAUCAAGCAUAAUAUACUUAGGCGCCUAGCAUCGUAUGGUUGUAAAAUCACUGUCGUGCCAUCUACAUGGCCAGCGUCCGAAACUUUGAAGUUGAAUCCAGAUGGCGUGCUUUUCAGCAACGGCCCCGGAGAUCCAUCUGCCGUUCCUUAUGCUGUUGAAACCGUAAAGAAUAUUAUCGGAAAGGUGCCUGUUUUUGGAAUUUGCAUGGGACAUCAAUUGCUAGGCCAGGCUUUAGGAGGUACAACCUACAAGAUGAAAUUCGGUCACCAUGGAGGAAAUCAUCCUGUUCGCAACCUUCGAACUGGCCGCGUUGAAAUUAGUUCUCAGAAUCACAACUACGCGGUCGAUCCUGCCACACUUCCUGAAGGAGUAGAGGUUACUCAUAUCAAUCUUAACGACAGUAGUUGUGCUGGUCUUGCUUUCCCUGCACAAAAGCUCGUGUCUCUUCAAUACCACCCUGAAGCUUCCCCCGGACCUCAUGAUUCCGACAACGCUUUUGGUGAGUUCAUAGAGCUAAUAAAGCAUGGAAAAAAUAAAACAUCAAACAAAAACGUGCACGAACUACAAUCGGUGUAAUAACCAUUAAAGCGAGCUGUUAUCCCCCGGGCUAGAAGAAUAAAGUAUUUAUAAAUAUGUGAUAAAAGCUCAUGUUUGUAGUAAUCUUGAUGAAUGAUUUGUAGAUGAAUAAAGACUUCCUUGUUCGCUGUUAAGAUUUUCUUGUGUCCAUUUUCUGAACAAGGGUUAGCAAGCAGUGAUUUCCAUAGCUUUCAUUGAAGGUUAAUGUAACUCAAUUUAGUAUCAGAAACUGUGUUUUAGUUUGCUAUUAUUGUCUACAACUUGAGAUGUUAUAUUGAAAUAUCUUAUCAUAUUUAGUAUAAUUGAGCUUGCUAUUUCA